AUGCAAGCCUUAGUCGGGCGGGCGGCGGCGGCGGCGAGGAGCGUCGCGCCCGAAAUAGUGUUCGGGCGCGGUCGUGCGCUCUCGGGAACGGCGCCCCAGUCGCCGUGUGGCCGCGCGCGCGCACCCGCGUCGCAUUGUCAGCCGUCUCGACGCCGCCGCACGAAUAACCGGGUGAAAGAGCUAGCUCCACGGUGCACGAGUCUACGGUGCGCGUAUUUCGGUCACGAGAGGGCCCCGGGCCGCGUCGGGCGCGCUGCCCGCGCGCUGGCCGCCGUGCUCUGGUGGUGGUGCGUGGCGCUGCUGCGGCUGGUCGCGCUCUGUGCGCCUCCCCCCGGCCCGGCCGGCAUCGGCGCGCCGCCGCCGCCCUCCGCCCGCGCCGCGGACAAUGCGCCGCCGGCGGCUCCUUGCGCGAGCGCGCCCUUCAACACCACCGAGCCGCCGACACCGCCGCCGCCCGCGGCCGAAUCGCCCGCCCACCCCGGGUGGUGGUGGGCAGGCGCAUGCGUCGGCGCCGCCGUGUUGUUGUGCGCGGCGGGCGCCCUGGCGCGCCCGCACUGGCGUCGUCGACACGUUGCCGCCGCGGCUGCCGCCGCCAACCCCAUGCUCUCGGUUCAAGUGCCGGGGUGCGCGGGCAUGGAGCGGCUGGGCGCGCCGGGGGGACCGCGCCUCAGGCACGACCACAGAACCCAUCAUUCCACAUUGGAAUGGGAGAAGCAGCAGAGACUGCAAGCAGUGGUGGGGCGUAUACAGGAGAUGGUGGAGCAGGACGCGCGCGCGCGCUCCGCCGCCGCGGCAGAGAGGCUCGGUCUGCCGCCCAGCAUACAGCUGCCCGACGGAGAGUACGGGCAAGACGCAAACUUGCAGUUACGGGUCCCUUAUCAGCAAGCCGAGCUGACGCGCAGCAGCUUCCAGCCGCCGCCCAACAAGUGCGUGAGCGACGUGCCGGCGUGGGCGGGCGCGGAGGCGGGCCGCAGCGCCGGCAAGAAGGACGGGCUGCUGCAGAAGGCCACGCGCUGGUGGGUGCGCAUGGGGCGCGGCGCGGCGCCCGCCUGCCUGCCGGCCGGGCCGCCCUGCGUCAUGGUGCCGCGCCGCGCGCCGCCGCCCGACGCGUGACGCCGCGCCUCUACCAUAUCACGCUUACAUUCCAUUACCGGGCCGGCCCGCGGGCCCGCCCGCCGCCCGCCGCCGCGCAGGGUUACAGACUUGGUAUUUAUUGUUCGCUCGGGAGCGGCGCCGGGCCGCUUGUGACGUGUGAGUGGCGGAGUGCGGAGUGCGGCGACGCCGAAACUAAGACUGAACUAAAAAGAUAUAACGCUAUAAAGUUUACAUUGAAGUAUGUUGUCUUAGGUAAAAUUAAUUCAAAUAGACGCAAUUAAAAGUAUAUAAUAUUUAAUGAAUCUUUCGAUUGUAACCUUCGAUGAUAUUGUAUAUUGUGAAAGAGGUCAGUCAAUAGUGAGCUAAUGUCUUACGGUGUACAGUUUCAUGUUUAAGUGAUCUAUUUUAAAGUUUAAUUUCUAUCCAGCAGUGUAACAUCUGUGUUUAAACAACUUUUAUAUUUAUUUGUGUAAUAAUAGAAUGCAUAUCAGUACAGUAAAUGUGAGCAUUAUUAAUUUACAAAACAUAGUUACUAUUUAAUUGUAAAUAUUAUCUUUAAUUUAAUUUAGAUUAAUAAUGACCGAACGCCAGAAUCCGAGGGUCUUUUCAAUUGAGUGUUUGCUACAUUCCAUAUUUAUGUUGAAAUAUUCUCAAUAAUACUGUACUUCACUUGUCGUCGCCCGGCUUCGUUAUCUCGCUGUUCUGCGUUUGUAUGCUUCACUAUUUUGUGCUAGUGAGUGAUAUUAAAUGCAAGUGAAUCGAAAUCUCAUUAGGGAUAGACAUGGUUUAAAUUAAAGAUAUUGGUUGAGUUAGUUAUAUAUAAUUAGGUAUUUAUUGUUUUUAUCAUAAGGCAAAUAUAUCCUGUGUGGAAAAUAAUCUGAAAAUUCAUGAAAACAAGUGAUUGACAAGCAGGAUAUGCGCCGAAUUUUGUUAUCAGCAUUAAAGGCCUAUUCCAAGUCUUUUUUUCAUAACUUUUCCUGUUAAAUAAAGUGUAAGUUUGUAGACCAUUAAGAAAGACAAUGAUUGAGCACAUCCCUGCCUAGACCUUAAACACUAGUCACUUUACGAUAAUGGCAUUGUUAUUUUAUAAUGUCAAUCCUAUACACUACUGCUUAAGAGUGCUUCCAAUUAUUUUCAAACUAAACACAGGAAGCUAUUAUGUUACAAAAUAUUUUAUUACUAUUUAUUUUACUUGUGCAAUAUUUUCCCCACAAGUUCCACAAUAUCGUUAUUAGUAAUACUUUUCAUACAAACCAUCAGACAGUGUUUAAAGGAAAACAUUUGUAUCAAAUUUUGACCUGGUGAAUUCAUAUAUUUUCAUGUAAGUCCAGUUAAAAGUCACUGUUCUCAUUACAUUCAAUUACAUACAUGUUUUCCAUUACAUUGAAAUCAAUCCCAGUAAACCCUAACACUCGAAAAUCUUGUUUUUUAUUACUUUCAUCAUAAGUUUUACUGCUGGAGAGCUAUUUUUUUUUAUUUUGUGGCGCAUUGGUGCCAAGACAGGCGAUUAUUUUAAUGAAAUAAAGAAUGCAACACGUAAGAUUACAACAUUACGUCAAUUAAAAAGAAAGCCCUCCCCAUUUGCCUCGCGGAUAUUAAAAACAUCUAUCUAUAAACGCACUAAUUAAAGUUUACUUUUUCACGAGUGAAUUUAGAUCUAUGAAUAAUUUUUAAGGUGUUCGAAUGCUUUAAGCAACUACCGUUACCGGUACCAUAUUCGACUGUACGAAUCUUUAAAUUUUUAGCAUAAUAUAUUAUGGUCGUAACGUACAUUUUAUCAGUUGCGUUAUCCGUGAGGCGUUAAGGCCUACGUCAUGGCGUUACCAAUCCGUUUGCAUGUAUCUUUGCUACCUAUGUGAAGAAUAAAAGCACUGAACAUCAUUGUUGCUGCAAAUUUUAUAUUAUCACAUCGAGAAACUUUUGAUGAAACUUGCUCCUUUUAUAGAAUUGCACGGCAAUAAAUGGUGUAUUCUUUGC